AUAACAAUUAAUGAAAAAGAAGAAGAGGAAUAUCAGCGUUCCUGCAUGAGGAAGAUCUCCCGGAUCGUGGUUCUACUUUUGAUUGGACUCCUUGCUACCUGCUAUUAUAUAUUUGUGGUGGAGCUGUGCAUAUUCACUGUACAGUUAUUAGAGGCAAAGGUGACUUUCCUGGUGAUUUUCCACCUUUUGUUCCUCCUGUGCGUGUGGUGUUAUCUCCGGACUGUUAUGACGCCUCCCGAUGUCCCUCCUGAAAAAUUCCGCCCAUCGGAGUCUGACAAGCAGCUGUACCUGAGUGAUGAGAGGCCACAAGUGCUGCAGGAGAUCCUCAUUCAUGCGGCUAAAGACUUGCCUAUUUAUACUAAGGAUCCAAAAGGAGAUGUUCGGUACUGUACCACAUGCCAAAUGUUAAAGCCAGACAGGUGCCACCAUUGCCCAGUGUGUAACAUCUGUAUACUGAAACUGGAUCAUCACUGCCUAUUUCUAAACAACUGUGUGGGAUUCUCCAACUACAAGUUCUUCCUCCUCGCUGUGAUGUAUGGAGUGCUAUUGUGCAUAUUCACUAGUGCAGUGUCGCUUUAUUGCUCCAUACUAUUCUGGACUGAUCAGCUGCCCAACAGCUCAUCCAAAGUCCCCAUCAUUGUGCUGUUCUGCCUGACCACAAUCUUCGCUAUAAUGCUAUUCCAACUUUUCCUUUAUCAUUUCAAACUGGCUCUAAGGAAUAUAACUGAUCGGGAGGACAGUGAUAACACAGAGGAGUUUAAUCCCUAUAACUUGGGCUUCAGCAAGAAUCUGAGAGAAGUGUUUGGCAAUGAAAAGAAAUACUGGUUCCUCCCAAUCUUCAACAGCUUAGGAGAUGGCUUCUCAUUCCCAAUGGGUGAGGCCACAGAAGACAUAGAGAAAAAUGCUGCUUUUGCCAAACCCCCAAAUGAGGGAAUAUAGGGUUAUGGAAGAUAACUUAUAAUACAAGUUGACCAGGGACUGGUGCGAUUGCCAAUUUGGAGUCAGGAAGGAAUUCCCCCUCCCCCCCAGAAUAUGAUAUUGUUU